CGGCCACCGAUCCCUCACCACCCUCCCCCCACUCAACCAUCUUCGGCCACCGCACUGCCAACCCAGCCACCCCCGCCCCGGCGGAGCUCCGGCCGCCAGAUCCCCCCCGGUGGGUGCCCCGACACACUUCACUCUCCGAGCUGACGGUCUGGGGAUGUGAAAACUGAAAAUGAAUUUCUGAGGAAUCGAUGCAGCCCGUCAGACCAAUGGAAGUUUGCGGAGGACUUCCGCAGUCGGUGGAGUGAGGCCCGCCCAGGCGAUGUUGUAAAUUCUUAAGGCACAAACACGAAAACAAAUCGGGGGGGGGGGGAUGGAAUUUCCAGCCUUCCGCCGCCUUCUUUUACUUUCGAUCUAAUUCUGCAACUGGCAGGACGGGGGGCUUGGGUUUUGUCUCUUUGGUCGUAUCUGUACGUGUUCCACCACCCCCCCCCUCACUUUCUUGACGUGACCGUCCCGCUGUCAGCCACUUUGAAAACACCAGGGAUCAUUUAUCUUUGGAAGUGGGGAUUUGGAGGAUAUUGCUGCGUGACUAUUAAUAACAAGCAGUGAAUGCUCCACAUCUCUGUAAUAUCCCAGACCUGACAGAACUAUUGCCCUUUUCCUGUAUGACACACUCUCCAAGUCAGACACUGUUCUGACUGUAAGUUCAGUCGCAGUUUGACAGCUAGGUGAUAAGAACAGGGAAGAAAACUAUCCCUGACUGUCACAAGGUCGGGGGACAAGGUCAAGACAGGAGGUGUGAGGAAGGAAAAUUGAAGUGGAAACAAAUUGCAAAAUGAGUGGCAGCAAAAUAAUUGGAAGAAAUCUUCUGAGGUGGCAAUGCCAGUGGAGAGAAUGCGCAUGCGUCCAUGGCUAGAAGAACAAAUAAAUUCAAAUAAAAUACCUGGUUUGAAAUGGCUGAACAAGGAGAAGAUGAUUUUUCAGAUUCCCUGGAUGCAUGCUGCUCGACAUGGAUGGGACGUAGAGAAGGACGCCCCAUUAUUUAAAAACUGGGCAGUUCAUACAGGAAAAUACCAUCAUGGUGUAGACAAACCUGACCCUAAGACAUGGAAGGCCAACUUCCGCUGUGCCAUGAACUCAUUACCCGACAUAGAAGAAGUAAAGGACAGAAGUAUCAAAAAGGGGAGUAAUGCAUACAGAGUGUACAGAAUGCUACCAGCCACUGAAAAACCAAAUAAAAAAGGAAAGAAAUCAAAAGGGGAAAAGGAAGAAACAAGUAAACCAGCCAAGUGGAAAACACCAAGUUUUCCUUUCGAAGAAAAUCAAGUAUUGAUAAACAGUCAUGGUCUCUACGCAAACUCCAAUACUGUAGUCAAAGAAGAUGCACAAGUUCACAGCACUGUGGGCAGUCAUAUGGAACUUGGAUGUUCUCCAAGUCAUAGCGUACUGGAAGAACCCAUGAUUGUCAGCAAUCCUCCCGACGUCUGCCAAGUUAUAGAAGUGACCACAGAAUGUGAUGACCAACCUAUCAGCACAAGCCAGCUGUACCCAUUACAGAUCUCCCCAGUCUCCUCCUAUGCAGUAGAAAGUGAAACGGAUAGCGUUGGAACUGAUGAAGAACCUGAUGAGGUGACUGAGAGCACAAACCAAGACCAAUCACAGUGGCAGCAGAGCAACAUCGAAGGCAAGGAGUUUCUGAGCAACAUCGGCAUGAACACUGCGUUUUCCCCACCUGCAGGCCCCACUGUGACCUCCAGCAACUUCAGCUUCAAACUCCUGACCAAUGGCUCUGAGAAAGCACCCAUUUACACCUCUGCCACAUGCUCCAGCCUGUCAGUCAGCAUCUCCACAUCACCUGUGCCAUCGCAGCAAGCCUCUUUAAAACACCGUGUGGCUGAAAACCGAGCGACUGUCAUCGUGAAGACAUCGGACUUAACCCGAGGCAAGAACUGAUGAAUUCUCCAUUUCCUUGGGUGUAAUAUCUCCUUGUUCCGGUGAUACCUUUAUUGGGCUAAGCUGCACUGUACCAUAGAUGGACCUCACAGGCCUAUUUGACUUAAAUAUAUAUAUAUAUCUAUAUAACUUAAAAGAAAAUGUGCUGCAGAACUGGAAAUCACUUGGUUGCCUUUGCCUCAACUGCCAUCUCCAGUUCAUGAAUUUUAACUCAGGACAUAAUGUUGAACGAUUUUCUCUGUUUUCCUGUUGCACUUCGCUGUUACUUCAGUGACAGCAAGAGGCUGAGGCAAGGCUCAGCCUUGAAUGCACAUCUGAGCACUUGAGACAGGACCAAUACGUUACAACCACAAUCUCCACGUGCCUAUCAAACCCACCUGCAGCAGGGGACAAAAAAAAUGUGAACUGCUUUGACAAUGUGUAAAUUUUUUUUGUAUUCUUUGAAUGUGCAUAUGUAUAUAACGCAGGAGGAAUUGAAUUUUACUGCUUUUUGCACCUUAAAUCUCAGCUCACCCUUAAUGCUGUCACAUUGCUGGCAAUUACAUGCAUUUAGAACUUAAAAGAUUCCUGUGGUUUGGAGUUUAUGGCCUGAUCUUAUGCCUGCUUACACUGGUCUCCUUUGCUCAAGCACAAAACUACAAUAAGCAGUGCGCAAAAAAGUGAAGUGGCUUGAUAAAAAGGACUGGUUUUAAAUUUUUUUCUAAAGCAAGCUGUUUUUUAUCACAUGUAAAGGGAUUAUUUUAUUCAGGGUAAUUGAAUUCUGAAGUGAACAGAAAUCUUAAACUUUUUUUUACAAAAUAAAUGUUGUUUCUGACUUUGUUUAUCAGCAUAAACAUCUGUGGUAAAUUGAUAAUUUUUUUUUACAAAAUUUGUAGCAGUUAUAGACUCUCCAAUAAAAUGU